AGAAGACGUGAUGAUCAGAACCUCACAUGCAUUUCAAAAUUAGUACCUUGCUAUGAGAGAGAUCAUCUACAUCCAAGCAGGCCCAUUCGCAAACUACGCAGGAACACAUUUCUGGAACACACAGGAGAGCUACUUUACCUACGACGAUGACGAUGAACCCAUCGUGAACCACGACCUUUCGUUCGAAGAGGGACGGAAUCCUCAGAAUCAGCCGACUCUUUGUCCACGCCUGUUGACAUUUGACCAGAAGUCAAACUUCGGGACACUCGCAAAAACGAGCCAAGCUGAUGCAGCUAUUGACGCUUCACUCGAUACGACCUGGCGAGGGAGGGUAGUUCGCGAGACGCAAGAUCCGAUCCCCCAAAGCGAAUAUCACGCUCGUCUUGAAGGCGAAACAGACGAAGGCGAUCCAGAACGCACAGAUUCAAACAUCAGAUACUGGUCAGAUUACAGUCGCGCCGUCCCUGACGCGCUGGAAAGUACUGAGGCUGGGUGGAGUGUCGGUCAAGAUCUUUUCCGGCGAUAUAACGAAGAUACAGAGCUCAUGGAAGGGGCGUUUCGUCUGCUCGUCGAGAACUGCGAUAACUUCCAGGUAGACUCUUUUCAUGCCAUUUCCGGCUAUUCGCUGAGGCUUGCAAAUGAUGCAGGAUACGCCCUGCUUCGGGGGUUUUCGCAUGCUUUCCUGACCGCCUUCCGGGACGAACCGAAUCAUGCUGGAAUCGACAAUUUUCUAGACACGAAGAGGAUUAUCAACGACGCAUUGUGCCUGCAAAGCCUUCAUCAGCUCUCGGAUAUCGCUUUCCCGAUACUAAAUCCAUCCCGAUGGUCUGCGUUAGAAAGUAACUUAUCGCAGGGACUUGCCUAUGAUCAGAAAAACAGCUUAUAUCAUACUGGAGUCAUCUCACUGAAAGGUAGUCGGGAGGACAUCGCAACGAUGGCUGACCACUUGAACUGGCGAAAAUGUUCUCGAUUGGGACAACUGGGAGGCGUAGUCUCCCUGCCCUGUUCUGUGACAGAGGCAACGUUCACUGACCUGUACUGUAACUUCUCGACUGGUUUGUCGAACAAGGGCGAACAUGCAAUUUUUGCGAGGCGAAAUGUAACUCGAGGGUUGCAAGACCAAGACCUGGCAGCAUUUGAUGCAUGGUGUGACUUGUCAUCGCUACGGGAACCACUGAUUUCUAGCAUCCAUGCUCCUUCUUAUCCCGUGCCGACAUCCUUUCCGUCCAUAUUCCGGCACACUAAACCGACGUCUAUGAGGAUGGUGUCAUCGCUUGUCACAGCACCUUCUACAUCGAUCCCGCUUAUGGGGUAUGCUAGGUUUGUAGAACAGACUGCAAGGACGAGGAGGAGUGAUGGUGCGCUUAUGAGCAUGGACUUGGAGAGCGAUGAUGUGAAGGAGCUUGCUAGUGCAUUGAUGGAUGAAGCGAAUGACUGAUUAUGGAAACAUCUUAUUUGGAGAUAGCAAUCGGACAGAAGUUGAAUAGUUUAGGUCGGUAUAAUGAAUCCUCCGAUUUCAAAUAUGGAGCACUGUAGAUUAGGUUAAUGCCCGGUUCAUCGAGAGAUAUUUUACCCGCAUCUUGCAAGGCAGUCUUACUACGUUGCAAGUCAUGGCAAGGAGGAGAGUUGCAAACGCUGAGUGGUGGGGGAGUGUUCAAAAGGCAUCCAUUAUCAUCAGUUGAUUGCUUCGCAUAUACGUGUAGUUCCAUUAAAUUCGCGAAUACGGCCGGGCGUGUGGGACGAAGAGGAUUUCAACUC